AUGAUCAAGGACUGGGACGACGAUUGGGAGGCACCGGAGCCGGAGGAAGUUCGAAAGAAGAGGAUGAAAGAAUGGGAGGAGAGUCGGCAUAGCCUGCCUUGGAAGGCGGUCGUGGACUUUUUGGACUACAAUCACUUCAAAAAUCGGUAUUCGCCAGAAGAAGGACUCGCGAUUAUCGAGGUGCUCCUGGGCGCUCCAGGCCUCGCGCAAGAUAUCUGGCGAGAAAGCAGUCAACGCCGGAUGCAGUCCAUGGGGAUGCGGAUGAUGAUGAUGAUGCCACCGGGCGCUUCGCGAUCCCGAGAAGAGGAGGACAGCUGGGUUCAGCGUGUGAGAAUCCAAUCGCCUCAACUCCUUCUCAUUCUUUCCCGAUUGACUGGCCAUGGAGACAAAUGGAGCAACUCGGGGCCUCGACUCUUCUACCGACCUUUUGUCGCCUUGCACUACUACCUACCACAGAUGAAGGAAUGUCUGACCAUUCUGGAAGCACACUGGUCCAAGGCGAGUCAGACAGGUGAUUCUGAUGCGGGCAUUGCCGGCUCUCCGGCUGUGUCGAAACGCAAGAAGAGGACUGAGGGCGAUGAUUCUGACCCUGAGAGAGGCUCUUUCAGACCUCAGAGUCCCGCCGAAUCGGUGCUGGGACCUAUCGCCGAUUCGGUCACUGCACUCCACCAUGUGCGAAAGUAUGUUGAGUUCAUGGAAAAGGAGAUCGAGCCUUUGUGGAAGCGUGCGGCGGGAAACACCCACCGUCGGGUCUCCUUUGUGGACUUGUGGAUGUCGUUUCAGCCCGGCGAGCUCAUCUACCUCCCGUCUGCAUCGGAGGUAUCGGCCGGACAGAUCUGGCCCGAGCCAGCGAAUAUGUCACAGAAACUGUGGCGGCUGCAUACAAUCUGUCGCGAUCCCUAUUCGACGAGUCCCCACUGUGAUAUCCCCAUGAAUUCCGGCCAGGAGCUAGAUCUCUGGUGCUAUUUCAUCGACUACAAUGGCGUCUCGUACGAGCCGUAUCCGAAGAGAUUCAGCAUCAAGGCCUAUGAAGGCCAGAGGGAUAUUACGACCCUGCAAGCGUACCCGCUCCGCUUUUAUAAAGAAAAGGACGACUUGUUGGAAUCCCAGCGCCAGCUUGGAGAGUCGUUCCAAUGGGUCCUGAAAGAGAGGUAUCUCUACUACGAAGGCUGGACUCUGGCCCACGAGCCAACGACCAGUUCAACGGAUAGAGGGACUUCGGAGCAUGUCGACGGGCCGGUGAUGAUCGACUUUGUCGAAGCCCAUAAGUUUGAUGACGGACUGGCCACCAAGUCCGGGAACACCCUCACUGGAUGGGCGGAAUCGAACUGGGAUGAAAAGGAGGAUCCGAGCAUGAUCCAGCACUGGGACGUUCAGCAAUACCGGGUCCUGGGCGAGAUUGUGGAAACCCUGCAGGUGGAUGAAUCAUUUGCUGCGGUAUUCAGCCAACGAGACUUCCAGUUGAACAACUUUCUCAAGGCCGUCAGGGGAGGGAAGGCCACCCAGAUCGACGCCGAAGACCUAGUUCUCCUGCCACGCCGUCUCGUCGGUUAUACCUUUCACGACCGGAGGUUCGUCCGGUUGGACGUGAAGGGGUUCCGGUUAAUGUCCAAGGCCGAAAACGUCUUCCGAGACCUCAAGAUUGACCAGGACCACAAGCGCAUGGUCCGCGCUUUGGUGAAGUCGCACUUCCAGAAGCAAAAGCUGAAUUUGGACCUGAUCAGGGGCAAAGGCUCCGGGCUGGUGAUUCUCUUGCACGGGGUGCCUGGCGUGGGUAAAACCGCCACGGCCGAGGCUGUUGCCCAAGCCAACAACAAGCCCCUGUUUGCCAUCACCUGCGGCGAUCUGGGAUUCCAGGCCGACGGCGUAGAGUCGAACUUGAAAGAGAUCUUCCGCCUAGCCCAUCUCUGGGAUUGUGUGUUGUUGUUGGAUGAGGCCGACAUUUUCUUGACCCGACGAGACCUGGACGAUCUUACUCGCAAUGCUCUGGUAUCAGUGUUCCUCCGGGUCCUAGAAUAUUACAGCGGCGUUCUCUUCCUCACCACGAAUCGGGUCGGUCUCCUCGACGAGGCCUUCAAGUCGCGAAUUCAUCUAAGCCUGCAUUACAAGUAUCUCAGCGAGGACCAGACGCUGGCUAUUUUCAGGAACAACAUUGGCCGGCUGCGCAAGGCGGAGGAAUUGGCACAGAAAAAACACGCCGAGGAUCCCAAACAGCCUCCCCGGUCAACCUUGAAGAUCGACGAGCCAAGCAUUCUGCAUUAUGCCAAAUGGUACUUCAACAACUAUCCCGACCACCGAUGGAACGGUCGACAGAUCCGCAACGCUUUUCAGAUUGCAUACUCCUUUGCACAUUUCGACAUGCAGCCAGGUUCACAGGACACCUGGGACGAACAGGCCGAAGAAGAUGAGGAGGUGGAGAACGACGAGGACAAUGACAACGACAACGACGAGUCCUCGGACACACCUCAAGCCAAAGGAGAUGCUUCCCUUUCCCAGCCUCAAGAGCAUGUAUUGGACUACCACCAAUUCGAGCUCAUCGCGAAGACCAUCCGGAAGUUCGACAAGUACCUAUGGGAAACGACGGGAGAGACAGAAGGCGAGCAAGCGUUUCACAUGAGCAUCCGAGCCGAUGACUAUGACCCUGAUGAACUGGAAAACGAUCCAGUGUAUAAUCCACAGCCGCCGCCGCCGCGUCGGAGACAACAAGGGUUGGUCAGGGGAAGAGGAGGACAACCCCGAGGGAGAGGCGGACCAGCCCGAGGGGGCACGAUGGCACGACCAGAUCCCCGAGCGAACAACCAGAGAGUGCCCGAGCCGUAUAAACCACUGCCGAAGAAUGGUUCCAGUCGCCAGGGAGAAGGUCGAAACCCGCCCUCUAGAACAACCACACCACAGAAGGCAAGGGGAGGACUGUCCGCAUCGGCGCGAUCGCCGGCUGAUUCAAUGUACGGGGGUCGAGCUCGCGCUCCGGCAAAACGCGUUCCCCAGCAAGGAGGAGGAUCUGCUGGCUUCUCUUCCCGACAGACGGAGUACUCUGGUGACGACUAUCUGGAUGCCGGGGAGGAGGAAACCGAGGCGUAUGAGACGUUUGAUCCGGAGGAGGAUGAGUCGUAUACAUAUGAGGAUAGUUAUUACGAGGAGUAG